UCUCACUCGUUAGUGGUAGUAGAGCCCAUUGUAUUGAAGUUCGUUCCCAAAGUGUGGUGCAUAUUAAUGUAAAAAUUUAAUAAAAUGCAAUUUUGGUUGCAGAUGACACUGUUGAUACAUCAAGUUAAUUAAUUAAUUACAUUUUUAAAUGAUUUUGGCCGACCAUGAGUCUUUCCGUUAUUUCAAAACACAAUCAUAUUUUUCCCCACUAUAUAUUUCACUUUGUUAUAAAAGACAUAAACCAGCACCAAACAGGCAAAGAGUUAAGAAAUCUUCCAACAUGUUUAAAAUAUUGUUUGUUGUUUUCGCGUGUAUUCAAGCGUACGUGAAUGCUGAAGAAUAUUCCGUUCCUCAAAACAUAGAUAUUGAUGAAAUAUUAAAAAAUGAUCGAUUGACGAAGAAUUACCUGGACUGUAUUUUGGAAAAGGGUAAAUGUACGCCAGAAGGAGAAGAACUUAAAAAAGACAUUCCGGAUGCUUUAAAGAACGAGUGUGCUAAGUGUAAUGAAAAACAUAAGGAUGGUAUAAGAAAAGUGAUUCGUCAUUUGAUAAAAAAUAAACCAAGUUGGUGGCAAGAACUGCAAGAAAAGUAUGACCCAAAAGGAGAUUAUAAAAGCAGAUAUAAUCACUUCUUGGAAGAAGAAGGACUGAAUUAGACUAUUCUGAAGUAUUAUUUUUGUCCAUACUGUAAUUACAUAUUUGUGAAUUUGUGUACAGGCUCAAUAAAACAUAAAC